AUGGCCCGUGUAGAGCAUGCUAAGGUGUGGGCUGGUCUCUCUGAGAUCGGCUUAAGGGACAUGCCAGGCCCCCAAGAAAUUGGGUCCUACGGAUUAGCGCCUGCAGCGCGAAACCUACAGGAGGGCGAGCACUGGGCUCUGGAGUCAGUUGUCUGCAACUUAUCUUCAAAUGGGCGACCAGUCGAGAGCGACCAGGAGGAAAUUUACUGGAAGCGAGCCUUGGUAUCAGAGGAAUAUCAUUGCCAAGAUAAAUUACUACCUCUAGAUCUGAAUAGGGAACGUGAGCUGGGUUUAGACCGUCGUGAGACAGAAAAAUCAAACACAAUUUCCUUUGUCGACGAAACAAACUCUGCUUCCCGCCACUCCCGUUCAACAGCCGCUGAAUCUCCGUCGUCUCAAAAUGGAUCUCAAUCAGAGAGUUUGGAUUUCGCUGCUUCUGUUUUGCAGACGCUAUCAAAAGAUAACACGCAUACAGCCGGCGAGUACGAGGCCUCUUUGGCUGAAGGACUUUCAGAGGAGCCCCCAGAUGCUUUUGGGACAUCCCGAGGUCAUCAAGAUCUUUCUCAACUGCCACUUACUUCAUCACCAAGUGGACCAUCAAAUCUUGCUACUGAACAUUAUGGAUCGGCAUCCCUUCCUGCUUUCUCAACGCAAUGGGAGCACGCCUCUCUUGAAGAGGCCACAGGAAACUAUGCGAACCCUAGCGGGACUGAUGAACAGUCACCCUUCAGUGGGUACGGCCCCCAGCUAUAUCAAGCAGAUACACUUCCUUCUAUGAUGAAUCUCGAACUGCAUAGUCCAACUACGCUUUUAAGUACAAGUUCGUCUCAGCCGCUGAGCCUGGAGGAAGCCUGCCUCCUUCGUUGUUUCGUCGAAAAGCUUGCAAGAGCGUUCGACACCACUGACAGGGAUCACCACUAUAUAUCGGUUGUACCUCUCCGCGCCGUGCAUAGCCCUCUUCUUCUCAAUGCUAUAUGCACCGCCUCUGCACGCUUCCUCACUCGUGUCUCGUCAAUUCAAAAUCCUGACAGCAUCAUCGAGUAUGCAGGCAUGAAGCUCCCGCAUCUGCAUAAGGAAUCGGCUAUACACUAUCAUAACAAAUGUAUUUCGCAUCUGAUGGGGGUGUCCGCAGAUCCGAUCAAUUCAUGCAGUGAUGAUGCUUUAGCGGCCAUUACCAUACUGAGAUAUCAUGAGCAGGUUGACACUCACUUUACCGGCACCGAUAACGAGACUUUCUCCAUUGCUGUCCGUGCCGUAUUCCAGGCUUCUCAGAACGACGCAGACGGGCUCCUGCACCUAAUUCUUCAACCUCCCCGCAGAUCAGAUGUCUAUGCAACGUCGCUUUCGUCUCUUCGAUUCUCAGCUUGUCUUAUUGCACUUCGUCAAGAGAUCUGGUCGGUUCUCAUGCACCGCCGUCCAUUCCGACUACCGAUCCUCCCUGUCGAGAACUAUGGAAUUUUUGAUGAUACCUCGGCCGCUGAUGACUAUGACUGGACCAACCGAGUUCUCAUCUGGUGUGCCCACGUCCUCAAAUUCUGCUACCCAGAUGACGACGACGACGAACAGCCAAUCGAUAACCGAACUCGGUCCCAACAAUGGGAAGCUAUCAAAGACUUCCAGAGAAAUUGGGACGAGGAACGACCUCCUCAUUUCGCACCGCUCUACUACCGCGAACGCAACCCAUCAGAAGGUCGAUACUUCCCCGAAUACUGGAUAACCAGUCCAUGCCAGAUACUAGCCCUCCAACACAUCGAACUAGCACGUAUAGUUCUUGCCGUGCAUGAUACCAAGAUCCAACUCGGCAUCGGCGGCAGAGCUGCGCACAAAGCACUAGAAGAGCUUAUGCGAGAAGCGACUAGACGUGUUUGCGGUUUGGCCAUGUCACAGAAGUGGUGCCAAGAGGGAAUGGUGACUGCUGCUGUUGGAUUGUCCAUGUGUGGCGAGUAUUUCCAAGAUCCGGGCGAACAGGCUGCGAUUAUGGAGUUGGUGACGUUGCUUGAGCGUGAUCAUGCUUGGCCAACCAGCACUUUGUUGAAUAAGCUUUGGGAUACGUGA